GUAGCCUACGUGUCUGAUGAACUGAAGGCAGCCGCACUUGUUGAUGAAGAUGGCGAGGUGGAGGACUCCGUGGUGGACGGAGAACCGUCGGCAAAGUAUGCAUGUGCGGAAAAGUCUUCUCCGGGUUACCAGCACUCCCCGGCUGGUGAAUUUUCCAGCCACGAGAUGGACAGCGAGUCUCACGUCAGCGAGAGUAGCGACCGCAUGGCGGACUUUGAGAGCGGCUCCAUCAAAAACGAGGAGGAAACCAAGGAGCUGUUGGCCCCUUUAGAGGAUUCCGGCGUGUCGGACAGUUUGGAGCAGAUGAAAGCUGUCUACAAUAAUUUCCUCUCCAAUUCUUACUGGUCAAACCUCAGUUUAAACCUCCACCAGUCCACGCCAGAGAAAAACAACGCCAGUAGCAGCAGCAGCAGCAGUAGCAGCAGCAGUUGCGGAAGUGGAAGCUUUGACUGGCACCAGACGGCCAUGGCGAAAACUCUCCAACAAGUAUCCCAAAGCAGAGCGCUCCCCGAGCCAAGCCUCUUCAGUACCGUCCAGUUGUACAGGCAGAGCAGCAAACUCUACGGUUCAAUUUUUACGGGAGCCAGUAAGUUCCGUUGCAAAGACUGUAGCGCCGCCUACGAUACGUUGGUUGAGUUAACCGUUCACAUGAACGAAACCGGACACUAUAGAGACGACAACCACGAAACUGAUAACAACAACCCCAAGCGUUGGUCGAAACCUCGUAAACGGUCAUUACUUGAAAUGGAAGGGAAGGAAGAUGCCCAAAAAGUUUUGAAGUGUAUGUACUGCGGGCAUUCUUUCGAAUCCCUUCAGGACCUCAGCGUUCACAUGAUCAAAACAAAACAUUACCAAAAAGUGCCUCUUAAAGAACCUGUUACUCCCGUAGCAGCAAAAAUUAUUCCAGCUUCUAGAAAAAAACUGUCUCUAGAACUCGAACUUCCAAGUUCUCCUGACUCGACGGGGGGGACGACAAAAGCAACAAUUUCAGAUUCCAACGAUGCUUUGCAAAAGAAUUCAAACCCGUAUAUAACACCAAAUAACCGGUACGGCCACCAGAACGGAGCCAGCUAUGCUUGGCAUUUCGAAGCUAGGAAAUCUCAGAUUCUCAAAUGCAUGGAAUGUGGUAGCUCCCAUGACACCCUACAAGAACUUACUGGCCACAUGAUGGUCACGGGACAUUUUAUAAAAGUGACAAACUCUGCCCUUAAGAAAGGAAAGCCUGUCAUUGAAUCCCCAAUUACCCCAAACUCAGUUAUGGACGAGAAGGUCCAAUCUGUGCCGCUGGCCGCCACCACUUUUACACCCCCCACCAAUAACGGUGCCUCUCUGUCACCAAAACUGGCCGUAGACAUCAAAAAAGAGGUCGACAAAGCCAUCACUGAUGACAAAAUCAAGGAGAAAGAAAAGGCAAGCGAGGAUGAGGAAAAGUUUGACGUCACUUCUAAAUACCAUUACCUAACAGAAAAUGAUUUGGAAGAGAGCCCUAAGGGGGGGUUAGACAUCCUUAAAUCUUUAGAAAACACAGUGACUUCCGCUAUAAACAAAGCUCAGAAUGGCACACCGAGCUGGGGAGGUUACCCAAGCAUCCACGCGGCUUACCAACUUCCCAACAUGAUGAAGUUAUCAUUAGGUUCCUCAGGAAAAGGUACUCCGCUGAAACCGAUGUUUGGGAAGUAACGAUGUCUUGUCACCUUCCAAAAAUCAGCCCUUAGUCUCUCCACCGAGCAGCCAGACCUCACCUGUGCCAAAAACAAAUUUCCAUGCCAUGGAGGAGCUGGUCAAGAAGGUGACGGAAAAGGUGGCCAAAGUGGAAGAGAAAAUGAAGGAACCGGAGGAGAGGUUUUCUCCGAUCAAGCGAGCGACGCCGUCCCCCAGCGGAAGCGAAAUCAGCGAACCUCUGAAGCCCGAUGCUUUGAGCGAAGUUGUAUUUAAAAGCCAGCAAAACAGUCCGGCUCCACAAAAAGACAACUGCAAAGAGAGCCCCGCCCUGGAGCCAGAAGUAAAUGGCAAGGACCACGUCAAGUCCAUCAUUGGCAGCUUAAGUAGCAGUACGGCUAUAAUAACAGACCACCCUCCCGAGCAACCUUUUGUCAACCCGUUAAGCGCGUUGCAGUCGGUUAUGAACAUCCACCUCGGCAAGGCGGCUAAGCCAUCCCUACCGGCUUUGGACCCAAUGAGCAUGUUGUUCAAAAUGAGUAACAGCUUGGCAGAAAAGGCCGCCGUAGCCGCGUCGCCCAUCCAAGCCAAAAAAACCGACCACCUAACAGACCGUUAUUUUUAUCAUGUCAACAAUGACCAGCCCAUAGAUUUGACGAAAGGGAAGAGUGACAAAAACUGCUCUCUGGCUUCAGCGCUUUUGUCAUCCACGUCGUCGUCUACCGCAUCUUCUUCAUCUACAGUGACAACGGCAAAGACAUCUGCAGUCGUGUCAUUCAUGUCAAACUCACCGCUGCGCGAGAAUGCCUUGUCAGAUAUCUCUGAUAUGCUGAAGAACCUGACAGAAAGCCACACAUCAAAAUCUUCUACACCUACCAGCAUAUCUGAGAAGUCUGACAUUGACGGCACCACAAUAGAAGAACCGGAGGAAAACACGCCGGCUCAGAAGAGGAAAGGGCGACAGUCCAACUGGAAUCCGCAACACUUGCUCAUCCUGCAAGCCCAGUUCGCGGCAAGCUUGCGGCAGACCUCGGAGGGGAAGUUCAUCAUGUCUGACUUGAGCCCUCAAAGAGAGAAUGCACAUUUCCCGGUUUACGGGACUCUCCAUGACCACCAUCAGCCACUGGCUGGCCAAUGUAAAAAUACCAGCUGCGAAGGACAGGUGGGACAAAGUUCCUCAAGAACUUAGACACGGGGCACCCGGUGUUUUUUUUGUAACGACUGCGCCUCGCAAAUCAGGACUCCCUCCACCUACAUCGGCCAUCUUGAAUCCCACUUAGGUUUUAGACUAAGGGACUUAUCCAAACUGUCCAAUGAACAGAUACAUAACCAGAUAGCACAAACCAAGUCCCCCUCCGAAAAGCUAACGGCCUCCUCUCCCGAAGACGAGACCGGCUCCUCCUACCAGUGCAAGCUUUGCAACCGGACAUUUGCAAGCAAGCACGCCGUGAAACUUCACUUGAGUAAAACACACGGGAAGUCCCCGGAAGAUCAUCUUCUGUACGUGUCGGAGAUGGAGAAGCAGUAG